GGAUGGCUGGUCUUGUGCGAGCGAUUGUGCCCGGUUUAUUGAUACUCAUCAGCGGACGGAUAUCAUUCGGCACGGAGGAUCCGUUUCAGGAUGAAGCGAACCAGUGUGUGAUUCAGGUUGGGAACGAGGUGCUGCAAUCGCUCACCGACACGAUGCAGACGCGGCUGGAAUGUGGCGGUCUGUGGAGCGAGCUGAUGGUGCACUUUCAUUAUACGCGCCAGAACCUUACCGACUGCCGGGCACGCGAUGGUACGGUUUCCCGUCCCGAGCCUUCGUCCACCUUCUGUCAGAUACUGCUGGAUGACACGAAACGGCAGGUGGACCAACAGCGCCAGAAGCUCAGCGGUGAGAUGGACCAGAAGCUGCAAGAGAUCAGGCGGGACGUAAGGGAGCAUCAGAGUGCCACCGCAACACUUCAGGCCAAUCUGACGAGGUUGCGCGAGGGACGCCGGAGGUUGCACCUAGAGCUCCUGCUUACCAACAUCGGUAUAGGUGACAGCGGGCAGGCCCUCCGGUACUUCCAGCUCGUCACAACCGGUACCUCCGGCUCAUCGGAUAGACUCUACAAAUCGAUCGUGCAGUCGGUGUACCGCGAGGCAAAGCACCAGAACGAGCGCGUUACAAACUUGAUCGAAUUCAUAAAACAGCUGAGCUCCACCGAGUCGAAGCUGAAGCUGUACACACUGCUCAAGGCGGAGAUAAUGAAGCGGGCGAAGCAACGGCAGCACUACGUCGCCGCGAUGGCAGGACUCGACGCGCGUGACCUACUCCAAGGUCAGAGCGAUAACGCCAAGCGCCAGCACGAACAUCUCCACAAAGAACUUCUGGAGGCGGUGGAAAAACACUGGAAGGAUCAGAUAGCGGCCGGCAGCUACCGCGCGGUGGCUGAUUUUGCCGCCAAACAACCAAACUAUUUCGAGAGACUGCAGGUCAACAUCGCGACCGUGGACAGCGGCUCCUGGCUGAAGGUGAACUUCGACAAUCUGGCCGCCUAUCCCAACAGUCUACCACUCGGAAAGCAGCGGCUGGCAGCAUUUGAAGCCAUUCUGAACCAGGUGUACGAAAGGAAUAAGAACAACUCUUUCAAUUAUCUGCUCAAAGUGGCAUCCCAACUCGAAGUAUGUAUAAACUUCCUCAAACGUCAGCCAGCCGAUCAGCAGAGUAACAAAAAGCUUGAGGAGUUGAAAAACAAAUUCAGGAGUUUCAAUGGAAGCAGAAAUGAUUACGGUUUUUAUCUGCAUCAGUCCAAAACUCGAAGGUCUUAAGCACCUCGACCUUGAACUUCCCCUCGUAGUGUAACACCUUUUAGGAUCAAAUGCAAUAAAAAAUGUUAUCUGCAAAG